CACGCAAGCGUAGAAGCAGGUGAAAAUUAAAGGACUCUGUUCAAUGAAUCGGGUCCCAUAACCUCAUGUCCAUAAUAAACUUAAUACACAACUCAGAGUCGGAAGCCGCGCAAUGGCACGUAGUAGAUUGGUAAAAAUUGGCACAAUUCAUUCGAGAACGACUGGUCUUCUCAGAGCUGGGGGUAUGAGAGAAGAAGACAAGCCAUUGUGGUUAGAUAUUUAUGAAGCCUUCCCACCUAAAGAUGAACCACGAUAUGAUCGUCCAGGAUCGCAAGUUCCAAUUAGAGAUAUUUUCUAUGAAGAAGAUAAAAUACGAGCAAAAUAUCAUCAACAACAUCGUCAAUUACCAGCUGUACGUCUAACAAGCACCAGAGAAAAGACUCAAACGCAAAGAUUCAUCAGGGUGUAUCAAGAGUUGAAGAAGGAGGGCCUUGAAGAAUCAGAACUGUGGUCAAAAGCUGUUCAACAGAUGAAUGAUGGGUCAGGACAAAUAGAAAAUCGAUCAACUCCUCAAGAGAAUCCUGAAGCUCAGAAAAUAAACCUUACUCAAAUUUUUGCAGAAUGAUGUAGGUAACUAAGAUGGAAAAAUAAUAAAAUUAGUUCACUAGAAUAA